GAGCCACACACGCUAAUAAUAUCCCGCCUCGGCGCUCAGUGUAUGAAGUGGAUGGAGUAUGAGUCGGAUCGCUGAUGAAUGCUAAACUUUGCCGUUUGCUGUAUAAUUAUUCUUCUGUUACGGGUGUUGUGCGUCUUUUCAAAAAGAAUGAGAUUAUAUGCGACGAUUAUAAACUAGUAAAAGCUGGAGCGCUUGAUUGGGAGAAAAGCAGCCGUAAGAUUCACAUGAUGAGCCACACUGGAAAGAAGCUAUCCACCUGUACCCAGUGCGGUAAGAGUUUCACAGGACCAUCACACCUUAAUAAACACAUGAGGAUCCACACUGGAGAGAAACCAUACACAUGUACCCAGUGUGGAAAGAGUUUUACACAGUCAUCAAACCUUAAUGAACACAUGAAGAUCCACUCUGGAGAGAAGCUAUUCACUUGUACCUGGUGUGGAAAGAGUUUCACUUUAUCAUCAUAUCUUAAUAAACACCUGAGGAUCCACACUGGAGAGAAACCAUUCACAUGUACCCAGUGUGGUAGGAGUUUUAUACGAUUUUCAUCGCUUAAUCAACACAUGGUGAUCCACACUGGAGAGAGACCAUUCACAUGUACCCAGUGUGGUAAGAGUUUCACACAGUUAUCAAACCUUAAUAAACACAUGUUGAUCCACACUGGAGAGAAACCACACACAUGCACUCAGUGUGGGAAGGGUUUCAGAACAUCAUCACACCUUAAUCAACACAUGCUGAUCCACACUGGAGAGAGAAAACACAAAUGUGAUCAAUGCGGUAAAACAUUUAGGAGGGGUCCGCUUCUGAAGGCUCAUCUAAGAGUUCAUACAAAGGAGAAACCGUAUUCGUGUUCUGUGUGUGGCAGGAGUUUUGCAGCGCAGUCAAAUCUCAGCCUACAUCAGAAGAUCCACACUGGUGUGAGAGAAUUUGUUUGCUUUGGGUGUGGGAAGACUUUUAUGACAGCUGGGCUUUUGAAGCGGCACCAAAGGAUUCACACUGGAGAGAAACCGUACACGUGUUCGCACUGCGACAGGAGAUUCAGUCAUUUGGAGACGCUGAAAAUACAUGAGAGGAUCCACACUGGAGAGAAACCGUACGCUUGUUCACACUGCGGCAAGACAUUCAGUCAUUUAGAGACACUAAAAGCACAUGAGAGGAUUCACACUGGAGAGAAACCGUACAGGUGUUCACACUGCGGCAAGACAUUCAGACAGAUGCAAACCCUGAAAGCACACAAGAGGAUCCACACCGGAGAGAAACCAUUCUCAUGUACCCAGUGUGGACAGAGUUUCACACGUUCAUCAAUCCUUAAUGAGCACAUGAAGAUCCACACUGGAGAGAAACCAUACAAAUGUACACAGUGUGGAAAGAGUUUUGGACAGUCAUCAACACUGAAAAAACACACGAUGAUCCACACUGGAGAGAAACCACACAAGUGUGAUCAUUGCAGUAAGACAUUUUUAAGGAGAUCACAUCUGAAGAUCCAUCUAAGAGUUCAUACGAAGGAGAAACCGUAUUCAUGUUCUGUGUGUGGGAAGAGUUUUACACAGGUGUCAAGUCUUAAAAACCACGAGAAGAUCCACACUGGUGUGAGAGAGUAUUUCUGCUUUGAGUGUAAGAAGACUUUUAAGACAACUGAAGAUUUGAAACGGCACGAGAGGACUCACACUGGAGAGAAACCGUACACGUGUUCACACUGCGACAAGAGAUUCAAUGAGAUGGGAGAUCUGAAAAAACACGAGAGGAUCCACACUGGAGAGAAACCGUACGCGUGUUCGCACUGCGACAAGACAUUCAGAGAGCUAGGACAUCUGAAAAGACACAAGAGGAUUCACACUGGAGAGAAACCGUACACGUGUUCACACUGCGACAAGAGAUUCAGUUAUUUAGGUAACAUGAAAGCACAUGAGAGGAUCCACACAGCAAAGGAGAAAAGGUUGCAAGCCUAGGAACACCAUCCCAUCUGUGAAGUACGGGGGCGGCAGCAUCAUGUUGUGUUGGACUGGUCCACUUCACAGCAUAGAUGGCAUCAUGAAGAAUGAACAUUAUGUAGAAAUACUGAAGCAACAUCUCAAGACAUGUGCGUGAAAAUUAAAACUUGGCCACAAACGGGUCUUCCAAACAGACCAUGACCCUAAGUGUAGUGCCAAAUUAGUUCGAAUGUGCUUUCAAGAGUUCACAUUUAGAUAUUGCUUGACAACUGUUAGCAGGUUUGUCCCGGGAGAGAACCCUGAGCUCUGAGUAGGGUUGUAACGGUAUGAAUUUUUCACGGUAUGAUAA